GCAUGGCGUCAAAUGGCCAGUUUUUGCGGUGGAAUAAACACGAAAACAUGAGUUAAACAUUGGAUAUUUUUCGGAUAUUAGGAGGUUACUGAAGCAUUUAAGUCACCAUGUCAAGUCGAGGAAUGAAUGGUUACCAUGUGCUUGCGCCAGCCCAACCAAAUGAGUUCGAGGCCCAGUAUCGCCCGAGUAUAAUAUCCCACCUUCCACCACUCAGCGCAACUCAGCCUGCUUUCAGUGAGAAACCAAAGAUCCUUCACCGCGGCUCUUGGACACAGGCCGCCCCGAUCAAAGAACAGAAAUAUUUCCGCCAUGUUAGCGAUUCCAUCGGGAACAACUACAGCCCAAAUGCACGAGAUCUCACUGCUUCUGUGAUAUACGAAACAACAAAAUUCUGCCAAACCAUUGAAGAGUUACACAACGAGAAUUUGCAAACGCCACGAUCGCACAUCAUACAAAGACGGCUCCACAAUGUCCAUCAGAUUACGUUAGAACUUCCCAUCGGAGGGGGGAAAAGAAGUCCGAUUCCACGUGAAGAUUCACCCAAAUACUCUCGGUUAUCUAGUCAGGGGUACGUCCGAAGUGAGACGUAUGAUGGGACUGAGAACGGAUAUGAUAGCACACUGCCGACCAUCAGUAAGACUGAGCCAGAGAUGACACCAGAUGAGCCGUCCCGUAACACAGUGUCCGGAAAUGAAUCAAGAAGCAUCAACUUCGGCAACAGCAUCACACCGCAGACGGCGGCACCAUCUGCAGCCAAGACUGUCGGUUCGGUCAGCUUUGCUGAUGAUCUCAGCUACGACAGCGGGCGCCCGCCUUCCGGGAUUUUACCAUCGAUGCGGGAACCAGUUUCUGUGGGCGAAAUGCUGAAUGGCACCACCUACACAAUGGAAGUACCAGUGGAGGAGGUACCGGAAGAAGACAUGGAGCAGUCGCCCAACCAAGUUGACCAAUGGCGGGAACACACUGCAGACGAGGAGGCAGUUUUAGAAGUUGUCUUUCCGCCAUUUUUUCACUCCACAACUGGUCUGACGCGGCCUAGUACACCUUUGGAAGAAGAGAAAGAAAGAUACUACAACCUCAUAGAGAAUUCCAUAGAGCCUCACAUGGUGGCACCACUGAGUAAGGAAUGGGUGGAAGGAGCUUCAAAAUUUGUGCCAAAAGAUUUACUCGCUGACUUGCCUGAGACCAAAAAGAAAUUUGUUAAGGAGAUGGACGAGGACUACAAACAUGCUGUCAGGAAGGCUCAGUUGGAUUAUGUCUUGCUAGAUGACAAGGAACAGGAGAGGUUAGGGAUCACACUGCCAAUUAAGAUCUCCAAUUCUGCUGGUCGCCAUAACUUUCCUUGGCAUGAGUUGGUGGAGAGCUCACGUGAUUUCAUGACGACAGAUCUUUACAUCACCCACCCAGUUAUGCCUACUUUACUCUAUCAUUUUGAGACAAAAUAUGGCGAAUUCCGUCUCAUAGACAUCCCCAACCUAAAGCUUGUCAUGCCCCUCACUAUGGAACUCUUCCUCGAGCAUGUGCAAAACUCAAGCCGGCUUGCCUCGGCCAUCCUGCGGACCGAUUGGGCCACGGAAUGCUGCAAUAUCAUCGGCGAGCACAGAGAUGAUAUUGAAGACUGGAUGCCUAUAGGUGAUAAUGAACUCCGAAUGACCAAGAUGGACCACUACUUCAACAGCGUGGCCUCGUUGAUGUCCGUCCUUCUACGGAGCUGUGUGCGCAACUCCAUCUACGACCUCGUUGACCUGUUGGAGGAAUACUCGGAGGGUAAUGAGUACCAAGGCGACUACAACAUCAUGGAUGGGCUAGGCCUACCAAAAAAGUUGCAUCCCCUCAGAUUCUUUAUGGAGUCCAGAAACUUGGAUAAGGUUCCUGUUCAAAGAAGGGAUGAAGAUAUGACCUUGAACGAGAGUACAAAGUUUGUCCCAUCUUUCACCGGCGUCUGUGAAUUCUUCAACACGAUCGUCGACACCAUGGUCGAGAGCGUUUUCAACAUUCCGCGUGUUGAAUACAAGUUGUUUUAUGAGGUGGAAGAAGCGGAGAGAGUUUGCAUCAGCACCGUUAAAGUCGACGAGGAGAUUGUCUUAAAAGCUAAGGAGAGGAUCCAUAGGGUUGUCUUUAGCAAUAGCCAUGGUCCUACUCACUAUGCAAGCAUCUACAACCCAUACAAAUACUUGUUGACGAAAGAGGCCGAUAGGCGGGUGGACAAGUUCAUAAACAAAGAGCGCCACCUACGGGACUAUGUGCGAGAGAUCGAGAACUUGAAAAAGAUGGCGUCCGAUAUUGGGUCGAUGCCAGUCUAUGUGCCAAUGCAUCUGUUCCUGUUGGACUGUGAUACAUUCCAUGAGUGGAUGAUAAAGAGAUCGCGCUCGUUAGCGGAUGUGAUGAUCAUGAACAUCGUCAACAACAGCCGAAAGUUCAACCGCAGCAUCUGUACGCAGUAUGACACGAUAGUGAAGCAUAUCACGUCACAGGCGGAGUCGACAAAUGAUCUGGUUCAGCUGCAGAAUUAUGUCGAUAAUCUGCAGGUUGGAGAGCUGCUCAAACUCAAGGAGAAGCUCGAGAUAGCUGGCGGGAACCUCCUCUUCCUGAUGGAAUAUGCAUAUCUACCCAAGGAUGAUGUCCUGCUCAAUGGUAACACAUUCUCCUGGCCGGAUAGGAUUGUACCUAUCAUUAAAAACAGUGAAAUGAAACUUCAAAAGCAGCAUGACAUGGCCUUGGCCAAACUCGCUGACUGGCAGAACAAGUUCACUGCUAAGCUCGAGGAGAGCCUGAAGGCUGUGAAGGAUUUCUCAAGCAGGGAUCGGAUGUCAGAGGCGGAGACCUACCAGCUGGAACUUCUAGAAAUGGGUGAGAAGGUGGAGCAGUUCAUUGCUGAGAAACUGCGUAUAAAUCAAGAAGAAUCACUCCUUGGUACUGGACAACAGACACCUUACAGCGAGAUCCAAGUCAUUCAGAACAAGAAAGACCCAUAUGAUAAGCUAUGGAACGCGGCGGUCCAGUUUCAUCGCCAGCACGACAAGUGGAUGAAUGGACCGCUGCUGGAGGUCAACGCAGAAGAGGUGGACGAUGAGGUGCAACAACUAUGGAAACUAGCCUACAGAUUGACAAAGACGUUUGGUCACCCUGACAUGAAAGGCCCGUUACGUGCUGCAGCCACCAUCAAGGCCAAACUGGAGAAGUUCAAGAUAAACAUGCCGCUGAUUAAUGCCUUAUGUAACCCUGGCAUUAAGAAUAGACACUGGGCUAUGAUGAGCGAGAAGGUUGGUUUUGACAUCUCUCCGAAGAAAGACACACCCCUGUUUGAAGUGUUACAGAUGAACUUAGAGAAGUACCUGGACGAUUUAUCAGAGAUCAGUUCUCAGGCCAGCAAGGAAUUUGCCUUGGAGAAGGCUUUAACGAAGAUGAAAUCAGAAUGGGAGUCUAUCAUCUUCAACUUCAUCCCGUACAAAGAUACGGGCGUGCACAUCCUCUCGGCCAUCGAUGACGUCCAGGUGCUAUUGGAAGAUCACAUCGUCAAAACGACGACCAUGAAGGGGUCGCCAUUUAUUGGACCAUUUGAAGCCGAGAUCAAUGACUGGGAUCAUCUAAUGCGUCGCAUGAUGGAUAUCCUGGACUCCUGGCUGAAGGUGCAAGCCUCCUGGUUAUACCUUGAACCAAUCUUCAGCUCGGCAGAUAUCAGGCAGCAGAUUCCUACAGAGGGGAAAAUGUUUGAAGAGGUUGACCACCACUGGAGAACCAUCAUGUCAAAUGCUGUGAAGAAUCCCCAGGCUCUCGUCGUCGUCUCACAGGAUCAGAUGUUAGAGAAAUUGCAAGAAUCUGAGACGAUGCUAGAAAAAAUCCACAAAGGUUUGAACGAUUACUUGGAGACAAAGCGGCUGUUCUUCCCAAGGUUCUUCUUCUUGUCAAAUGAUGAACUUUUGGAGAUUUUGUCCGAGACGAAGGACCCGUUGCGAGUGCAACCACAUUUGAAGAAAUGCUUCGAAGGAAUCGCCCAGCUGUCAUUCGAUGCCAACAAAGUGAUCACAGCGAUGGAAUCUGCCGAGAAAGAAGUUGUCGAGUUCUCAAAGAAGAUUGUCCCAGCUGAUGCAAGAGGGCUGGUGGAGAAAUGGCUGCGCCAGGUUGAAGAAGUGAUGAAGCUAAGUCUGCGUGAGACAAUGACAAAGGCCACAGCUGCCUACCCCAACACUCCGAGGAAAGACUGGGUGAUGAACUGGCCGGGUCAGGUCGUGCUGGCAUCUAGCAGUAUACACUGGACAACGGAAGUCACAAACGCGAUCCAAAGUCCAGGUGGGUUAGAGGCCUACUUGGCUAAGAGCCAGCACCAGAUUGAGGAGAUUGUAGGCCUGGUCAGAGGCAAGAUUCCGAAGAUGGCGAGGACAACACUCGGUGCUCAGAUUGUUAUCGAUGUUCAUGCACGAGACGUCGUCUCCAACUUGAAUAACCUCGGCACUCAAAGUCCCCAAGACUUCUCCUGGAUAAGCCAGUUGCGAUACUACUUUGAGGACCAGCUGGUUAUGGUCCGAAUGAUCACCACCACAGUGCCUUAUGGAUACGAGUAUCUCGGGAAUACAGGCAGACUGGUCAUCACUCCGCUAACUGACAGAUGUUACAGGACUCUGAUGGGUGCCCUCCUGCUAAAUCUUGGAGGGGCUCCCGAAGGACCAGCUGGUACUGGCAAGACAGAGACCUGUAAGGAUUUAGCCAAAGCUGUUGCCAAGCAGUGUGUUGUGUUCAACUGUUCCGAUGGCCUGGAUUACAAGGCGAUGGGCAAGUUCUUCAAGGGUUUGGCUCAGUCUGGUGCCUGGGCCUGCUUUGAUGAGUUCAACAGGAUUGAACUUGAGGUAUUAUCUGUGAUAGCCCAGCAGGUUCAGACAAUCCAGAGAGCAGUCGCUGAACAGGUGGCCACAUUCAACUUCGAAGGGACAGAGAUCUCAAUCGACCCUUCAUGUACAAUCUUCAUCACCAUGAACCCUGGCUACGCUGGUCGAGCAGAAUUACCCGACAAUCUCAAGGUUCUGUUUAGGACAGUAGCCAUGAUGAUUCCCGACUACGCUCUAAUUGCUGCCAUCUCACUCUAUUCAAUGGGAUUCGUCAACGCCCGAAGUCUCUCUGCCAAGAUUGUUGCAACAUAUCGACUCUGCUCUGAACAGUUGUCCUCACAACACCAUUACGACUAUGGUAUGAGAGCUGUCAAGUCCGUCCUCACGGCUGCCGGGAAUCUAAAGCUCAAGUACCCGGAGGAAGAUGAGGAUAAGCUCUUAUUGAGGUCGAUAAAUGAUGUCAACUUACCCAAGUUUCUCUCCCCAGACAUACCGCUUUUUGAAGGUAUCAUUAGCGACUUGUUUCCUGGUGUCGAACUGCCCAAGCCUGACUACGGCCACCUUGAGUCGGCCCUGAUCGAUGUGUUGAAGAGUAUGGGCUUACAACCUGUGCCAUGGUUCAUUGAGAAGGUCAUACAGAUCUACGACAUGAUUUUGGUGAGACAUGGCCUCAUGAUUGUGGGUGACCCAAUCGGUGGGAAAUCUUCAGCUUUCAAGUCUCUGGCAAAGGCUCUUGGGAACCUAAGAGAACUUGGACUCAUGGAAGAAAAUGCUGUGCUGUAUACAAUCAUUAACCCCAAGGCGGUGACGAUGGGUCAACUCUACGGUUCCUUUGAUCCCGUCUCACAUGAAUGGUCAGAUGGAAUCUUGGCUAACACAUUCAGAGAUCAUGCUUCCAGCACCACUGAGGAACGAAAAUGGAUUCUGUUUGACGGUCCGGUCGAUGCAGUGUGGAUUGAAAACAUGAACACUGUACUAGAUGACAAUAAAAAGCUGUGUUUGAUGAGCGGCGAGAUUAUUCAAAUGAGUAACAAACAGAAUAUGAUAUUCGAGCCACAGGAUUUGGAGCAGGCUUCCCCUGCGACGGUCAGCAGAUGUGGUAUGAUUUACAUGGAACCGAUGCAGCUUGGCUGGAAUCCGCUCGUCGAAUCAUGGCUGCAGACGUCAAAGGACAUACCUGAAAACUUGACUGUUGAGCAGAGAAACAUUAUAAAGAUGUUAUUCGAAUGGAUGUUACCAGCGUGCCUUGAGUUUGUCUCCAAGAGUUGUCGGCAGUAUGUCACGUGUCAUUCCAUGCAUCUCACCAUGAGCAUGCUCAAGCUUUACGGGUGCAUGUUGGAUGAGCUCAGAGAAAUUGGUAACCAUGACGAUGACGACCACGACAUGUAUGACGAUGAAGAAGAAGAAGAAGAAAAGCCGCCAUCGAUGUCGGAACAGAAACUCAUCGAGGAGCGGACGAACAUGUUGAUCUGUCAUUUCUUCUUCUCUAUCGUCUGGUCAAUAGGGGGCACCCUCGAAGGCCUGUCUCGUGUCAAGUUUGACGAAUUCUUGAGAAACGUGUUGGAUUCAGAGUCGGGAAAAGUGCAAAGGCCAAAGGAUCUCAAGAUUGCACGCAACCUCUUGAUUCCGAAGAAGGGAUCCAUCUACGACUACGUUUACAUUAGGAAGAACUUUGGGUCGUGGUGUACAUGGUCAAGCUUGGUUGAAAAAUUGGAGAUCUCAAGUGGCGCCAAGGUGAACGAGUUGAUCAUCCAAACGGUAGAGACUGUCCGCCAGCGCUUCUUCCUCAACAAAUUCCUCCCGCAGAACAAACCGCUCCUGUUCGUCGGUCCCACGGGAACCGGGAAAAGUGCCAUAACGAAUGAUUUCUUGCUCAAGUUGCCAAAAGAGAAAUACAUACCAAACAAUGUGAACUUCUCAGCUCAGACAUCUGCCAAUCAAACUCAGGACAUCAUAUUUUCAAAACUCGAAAGGAGAAGGAAGGGUAUCUACGGUCCACAGCUCGGCAAAAAGCUAUGCGUGUUUGUCGAUGAUCUCAACAUGCCUGCAAAAGAGAAGUACGGAGCCCAGCCUCCGAUAGAGGUGCUACGCCAGUGGAUUGACCAGGGAUACUGGUUUGAUAGGAAAGAUACAAGUGUCCUUGAACUCGUCGACAUCAUCAUGGUGGCUGCAAUGGGUCCCCCUGGUGGUGGCCGUAACAAUGUCACGCCGCGAUUCUUGCGCCACUUCAACAUCAUCGGCAUCGACUCGUUUAACGAAGAGACGAUGAAGAACAUAUUCCAGCCAAUCAUGGACUGGCAUUUCAAUCAGGGAUUCGAUACAACGCUCAAGCGCUUCUCCAGGAUUCUCAUCCAUGCGACGACAGAAGUCUACCAACAAGCCAUCAGCAAUUUCCUCCCCACCCCAACCAAGUCUCAUUACAUCUUCAACCUGAGGGACUUUGCGCGGGUCGUCCAGGGCAUCCUGCUGCUAGGGCCUAAGAAGGUCCCUAUAGGUUCUGAGGGGGCACAGAAACUGCAGCGGCUCUGGGUACAUGAGGUCUACAGGGUCAUCUAUGACCGGCUUGUUGACGAGGAGGACAGGGAGAUCUUCUUCAAAAUGGUCAAGAAUGUUGUCGAGAGUCAGUUCAAGGAGAAGUUAAAUGCCAUGUUUGCCCACCUUAUGACCCCAGGAAAACAUGUGACCGACGAUGACAUCAGAAGUCUCAUGUUCGGGGAUUACGUCGUGGUGAAAGACGAGGAGAAAUCUUACGAUGAGAUUACAGAUUUGAGUUUUCUACGUGAGACCAUGGAAAAAUACUUAGAGGAAUACAACCUGAUGAGCAAGGCCCCAAUGGAAUUAGUCAUGUUCCAGUUUGCCAUUGAGCACAUCUCCCGCAUCAGCCGAGUCCUCAAACAGCCAAACGGCCAUUGCCUUUUAGUCGGGAUUGGCGGCAGUGGCCGUCAGAGCGCUGCCCGCCUUGCAGCCUUCAUGGCCGAUUAUGAACUCUUUCAAAUUGAGAUUACGAAGAAUUACGGGUUUAACGAAUGGCGGGAGGACAUACGGACAAUGAUGAGAAAAGCUGGCGAGGAAGGGACAUCGAUGGUCUUCCUGUUUGGCGAUCAUCAAAUCAAGGAUGAGUCAUUCCUUGAGGACAUCAACAUGAUUCUGAAUACAGCAGACAUCCCCAAUCUGUAUGAAAAUGAAGACAGGCUUGAUAUCAUUGAAAAGAUGCAGCAGAUCACCCAUCAAGCUGACCCAAAAGCCGAGACAACACCACUUAGUAUGUACUCCAUGUUUGUAGAGCGUGUCAGACGGAACCUUCAUGUUGUCCUGGCUUUCAGUCCGAUUGGGGAUGCAUUUAGGAACCGUCUCAGGAUGUUCCCGUCUCUCAUCAGUUGCUGUACCAUCGAUUGGUUUAGGCCAUGGCCAGAAGAUGCACUGGAGUUGGUUGCACACACCUUUCUGGAUGAUGUGGAGAUGUCACAGGAAAUACGCCACGAAGCAGUCGUCAUGUGCAAACACUUCCAUGAGAGCGUCAGGCAGUUGUCUCAGGAAUAUUACGACUCAAUGCGACGCACAAACUAUGUGACGCCGACCUCGUACCUGGAGCUGAUCAAAACAUUUAAGAAUUUACUAAACAAGAAGCGGCUUGAGAUUCUGACUCUGAAAGAUCGAUAUGUCGUCGGUUUGGAGAAGUUGGAAUUCUCUGAAAACCAGAUCGCUAUCAUGCAAGUAGAGCUCCAGGAGUUGAAGCCCGUGUUGAUUGAAACAAGUAAAGAAACGGAAGAGCUAAUCAUUAUCAUUGAAAAGGAGUCAAAAGAAGUGGAGGCCAAGAAAGCCAUCGUGGAAGAGGAUGAGGCCGUCGCUAAUAAAUCUGCCAUGGAGGCCAAGGCAAUUAAGGAUGACUGUGAGGAGGUCCUUGCCAGGGCCAUGCCAGCCCUGAGCGCUGCCAUCGCUGCUCUAGACACUCUCAGGCAAAAUGAUAUCACAAUUGUCAAGUCUAUGAAGAAUCCGCCAUCUGGUGUAAAGUUGGUCAUGGAGGCUGUGUGCAUCAUGAAGCUGAUUAAGCCAGAAAGAAUGACAGAUCCAAAUGGAAAACAGUAUGAUGACUAUUGGCCUGCAGCUAAAAAGAUGCUUGGUGACAUGAAGUUCCUCGAAUCGUUAAAGGAAUAUGACAAGGAUAACAUUCCGCCAGUAGUCAUUCGUAAGAUCCGGGAAAAAUACAUCACAAACCCCGAAUUUGACCCAGCGAUCAUCAAGAACGUGUCAUCAGCGUGUGAAGGAUUGUGUAAAUGGAUAAAAGCUGUUGCUACAUAUGACGAGGUGGCUAAGAUCGUUGCACCAAAACGUAAGAGUCUCAUCGGUGCAGAGGCUGUGUUGGCAGAACAGAUGGCAAAGCUAAAGGAGACACAGGCGGAGCUGAAAGAGGUGUCGGACAAACUCAGCAUGUUGAUGGACAACUUGAGUAUGAAGCAGCAAGAGAAAACGAAUCUCGAAGACAACAUAGAACUGACCAAAGUGAAGAUAAUCCGUGCUGAGAAGCUCAUCAGUGGGCUCGGUGGAGAGAAGAAGAGAUGGACUGAGAAUGUCAAGAACCUCAGCUACACCUAUGACAACAUUGUUGGUGAUGUACUCCUCUCAGCAGGUGUGGUUGCUUACCUUGGACCAUUUGAAUUAGCUUACAGACAGGACUGUUUGAAGGAUUGGCAUGAGAGGUGUGAAGGGAAAAACAUCCCAAUCUCUGACCAUUUCUCUCUCUCGUCGACCCUCGGCGAACCAGUCAAGAUCAGAGACUGGCAGAUAGCCGGGCUGCCAGUUGAUAAUUUCUCGGUUGACAAUGCUAUCAUUGUUUCCUGCGCUAACCGAUGGCCUCUGAUGAUUGACCCGCAAGGCCAGGCCAACAAAUGGAUCAAGAAUAUGGAGAAAGCAAAUAAGCUUGCUGUAGUCAAACUCUCGGAUCCAAACUAUACGAGGGCGCUAGAGAAUUGUCUGCAGUUUGGUAAUCCUUGCCUCCUGGAAAAUGUUGGUGAGGAGCUUGACCCAAUCUUAGAACCACUGCUCCUCAAGCAAACAUUUAAACAGAGUAAUGUAGAUUACAUAAGGAUUGGUGACCGCAUCAUCGAAUACAGCAAGGAUUUUAAAUUCUACAUCACCACAAGUUUGCGGAAUCCGCACUAUCUUCCGGAGGUCUCUGUCAAGGUGACGCUCCUCAACUUCAUGAUCACACCACUAGGUCUGGAGGACCAGUUGCUGGGGAUUGUAGCGGCGAAAGAAAAACCUGAGUUGGAAGAGAAGAAGAACCAGCUGAUCUUAGAAAGUGCCAAGAAUCGCCGCCAGCUCAAGGAAAUUGAGGACAAAAUAUUGGAAGUUUUGUCGUCAUCUCAGGGCAACAUUCUUGAGGACGAAACGGCCAUUGACAUUCUCUCCUCCAGUAAGGUGCUAUCAGCGGAAAUCUCAGAGAAACAGGAAAUCGCUACGAAGACGGAGAUCGAAAUAGACGAAGUCCGGAAUGGUUACAGGCCGGUGGCAAAACACAGCAGUAUCAUGUUCUUCACAAUCCAAGAUCUUGCCAACAUUGACCCGAUGUACCAAUACUCUCUCAAUUGGUUCAUCAACUUAUACCUACAGUCGAUUAUGAACAGUAAACCCUCAUCAACACUCCAUGAGAGAAUCCAGAACUUGAACGACCACUUCACCUACAGUAUCUACCAGAAUAUCUGCCGCUCUCUCUUCGAGAAGGAUAAACUGCUCUUCUCGUUCCUGCUGUGUAUAGGAAUUGCUAAGGGAGACGGGUGGAUCGAUGACCGUGAGUGGCGGUUCCUUCUGACUGGUGGCGUUGCCUUGGAGAAUCCCUUCCCUAAUCCUGCACCCAACUGGCUCACGGAGAAGUCCUGGGCUGAGAUCGUCAGGUGCUCAGACCUUCCCGCCUUCAAGGGAUUUGUUGACCACUUCAAAGCAAAUUUGAAUGAGUGGAAGAGAAUAUCCGACUCACCGAAUCCUGAAAAAGAGAAAUGUCCAUCGCCUUGGGAUGACCAACUGACUAAGAUACAGGAGUUAAUCGUACUGCGGUGUUUGAGACCAGAUAAGAUGGUUCCAGCCAUCCAAAACUUCAUCACAGAGCGUAUGGGCAAUGAAUACAUCGAACCACCAACUUUUAACUUGUCGCUCAGCUACGAGGAUUCGAGUUUUUUCUCACCGCUUGUCUUUGUGUUGUCACCGGGAGCUGACCCCAUGGCGGGACUGUAUAGAUUCGCCGAGGAAAAAGGAGUCGUACCUCGUACACCAGGUAGCCGACCGAACACGCAGUCAAGCACCAAACACGGAAGACCUGAAAGCAAAGGUGUGACGGGUAACCGUCUUCAGACGAUAUCACUGGGUCAAGGACAGGGUCCUAUCGCUGAGAAGAUGAUUAUGGAGGCAAUUGAUUCAGGAACCUGGGUAGUCCUCCAGAACUGUCACCUGGCGAAAUCAUGGCUUGGAGAACUUGAGAGAAUUUGCGACUCCGUCAUCACAGAUGCAUCAAAAACACAGCCAGCUUUCCGUCUCUGGCUGACAAGUUACCCAUCACCAGAUUUCCCCGUCUCUGUCCUACAAAAUGGCGUCAAAAUGACGAAUGAACCGCCAAAAGGCCUACGUGCGAAUCUACUCAGAUCGUACUUGAACGAUCCAAUAUCAGACCCAGUAUUUUUCAACGGAUGUAAUAAACCGAAGGUCUUCAAGAAGCUCUUGUUCGGGUUGUGUUUCUUCCAUGCUCUGGUACAGGAAAGGCGUAAAUUUGGACCCCUUGGGUGGAACAUCCCGUAUGAGUUUAAUGAGUCUGACCUGCGGAUCAGUGUUAGGCAACUGGAGAUGUUCAUCAACGAAUAUGAAUCACCUCCUCUGGAGGCCCUCUCGUAUCUGACAGGAGAAUGUAACUACGGUGGACGCGUAACAGAUGAUUGGGACCGACGUCUCAUCCUGAGUAUUCUGGCCAUCUUCUACUGUUCAGACACCAUCGAAAAUGACAAGUACACUUUCUCAACUAGUGGAGAUUAUUUUGCACCGGCGGACGGGCAGUACGAUAGCUACUUGGAGUACAUCCGGAGUCUGCCUCUUUCUCCACAUCCGGAGGUUUUUGGGCUCCAUGAGAAUGCUGACAUCACAAAAGAACAACAGGAGACUCUACAGCUAUUUGACGGCAUCCUCCUCACACUCCCUAGAGAGUCUUCUGGGGGAGGUCGCAGUGGUCAGCAGGUGAUUGAGGAGUUGGCAAAUGACAUCUUGUCCAAGAUUCCCCAGGAUUUUGAUCUUGAUGACGUGAAGGCCAAGUACCCUGUCAAGUACGAGGAGUCCAUGAAUACAGUCUUAGUCCAGGAGUUGAUUCGAUUCAAUCGACUGACACGAGUGGUGCGACAGAGUUUGCGUGACACACUCAAAGCCAUCAAAGGUCUUGUCGUUAUGUCCUCGGAACUGGAGGAUGUGUUCGACAGCAUGAUGGUUGGAAAGGUUCCUACAAUGUGGGCUGCAAAAUCCUACCCCUCGCUUAAGCCUUUGGGAAGCUAUGUUGCUGAUCUUCUUGCUCGAAUUCAGUUCUUCAAGGACUGGAUCAGUAAUGGCAUACCAAAAGUGUUCUGGAUCUCAGGUUUCUACUUCACACAGUCAUUCUUGACAGGUGUCACUCAAAACUUUGCAAGAAAAUAUAAAAUUCCUAUCGACCACCUCGGAUUUGAGUUCGAGGUUACGAAGGCAGAGAACACCAUGAGCGCAAAACCUACGAAUGGUGCCUACGUCAAGGGCCUCUAUAUCGAAGGUGCAUGCUGGGAUAGAGAGAAAAUGGUCAUAAGCGAAUCACAACCCAAGUUACUUUAUGAUACUAUGCCUAUCAUUUGGUGUAAACCUGGGGAGAAAGCCAAGUUUGUGGAAAAACAGACAUACAACUGUCCAGUGUAUAAGACGAGUGCAAGAAGGGGUAUUCUUUCAACAACAGGUCAUUCCACCAACUAUGUCCUUGACAUAGACCUGCCUGUCGAUCAGCCUGAAACUCACUGGAUCAACAGAGGAGUGGCCAUGCUCUGUCAACUUGAUGACUAACAUCAUCACUUAGGCCUAAAACCAAUGCAUAACUUGAUCAGUUGACCUGAAACUCACUGGCUCAUCCGAGCAGUGGCUUUGCUCCAUCAACUUGAUGACUUACAUCAUUACGUGGGCCUAAAAUCAAUGAAUAACUUGGUCAGUUGACCUAAAACUCACUGGCUCAUCAGAGGAGUGGCUUUGCUCCAUCAAUUUGAUGACUUACAUCAUUACGUAGGCCUAAAAUCAAUGAAUAACUUGGUCAGUUGACCUAAAACUCACUGGCUCAACAGAGGAGUGGCUAUGCCCUGUCAACGUGAUGACUAACUUCAUCAAAUAGGUUGAGCUCAGUGAUGGGCACCGGACUAAAGGUACCAUAAAUCAGCCUGAAACUGUCAACUGGAUCGAACGGUCCUCUUAUUCAGUCCAGGGAUAGGAAUUCUUGAUGUUGCGUAUGAUACUUUAGAAAUUAUCAUCACUUCUCGAGAUACUGAUAUCAUAUGCAUGCAAAAUACAAAAGCUACAAGUGGCCUUGUUACUAAUUUUGGAAAUUUUUGUUUACGAUGUCAAAAAAUAUAUCUAUAUUUUCAUCCGUCCAAAUUUAUUGCUAUUGAACAAAUAUUUCAGAUUCUUUUGUAUACAUGUAUAUUCUUUAUUCAGUUUUGUACGUUUUGUUGAUUUUCCUUUUUUUAUGAUUAGAUAAGAUAUAGUCAAAUAGUGUGGAUCAGCCCACUUAAUAAAUAAAUCGUAUCAAAUCAGACUCAUAAAAUUUAUGAUUAACGUACUGUGAUAUAGACCCAUGAAGUGAAAAAAAUGUUGUUGUUAUAUUUUUCGUGAUAUAUAUUCUUGCUGUCAUAACCCAUAGAUCAUGGAGAAUAUUGUAAAUAAAAAGUUGUCUUCUCCUACCUUGGACCAAUGUAGUGGUGUAUUAUUUUCAGAAAUGCACUUGCGUCAAGGUUCAAGUCUGGUUGAAACCGCCAAAUUUUCGGGGGUUGGGGGGGGGUCUUACUUUAAAAAGAGAUGCAAAAAUUUGGUGGUUAUCAUCACACUACAGGUUCUGGAUAAUGUUGUUAAAAGUACAUGUAUAAGUAGUGCAAUAUUUCUUGUGAUUGUUUCAUUUCUUGUGCUAGUGUUCAAAUUAUGUGAUAAUCACUACAUUUUUUCUAUUGGCGAGAACUGUAAAUAAUUUGUUUAAAAAGCAUAGUCAACAAUAAGGAGUAAAGAAGGUUAACCUUUCGCAUAGAUGGAGGGGGAGUUGUGGCCUGUUUAUGCAUGACUGGGUCUGGUUGACGAGUCGUGCGAAUCUUUUUUGGAUUUCUUUCAAUUUGCUGGAAGAAGCCCAUUAUCACGUUUAUGAUCAUGAUUUCUUGAUUAAUCAUUCUACAUUUUUCUACUCAUUUACAAAACGUGGUCUGUAAAUGGGAACUUUAAGAAGUGGCCGAACAAAUAGUGGCAAGCUUCUGCCAAUGUGUUUAAUACUUCGCCAAUUUGCCAGAUUAUAAAGAGAAUAGAGUGUUAGCUUGCUUGUAGGUAGUCUCUCAAUAGUGUAAAAACUAACACUUUUUGAACAGACCGAUUAAUAUUCCAUCCUGGUGUAUUUCUUUUCUUGUAUUAUAAAUCGUUGUAGUUGCGUACCAUCAUUGAUGUAUACAUGUAUGUUUAUAAGAUGGAGAAGAGACUAUUUUGAAUAAAUAAUUUAUCGUU